GUGAUGAACAUGGACGGGACGGGCAGACAGGUGUUGGUGGAGGACAAACUUCCGCACAUCUUUGGCUUCACGCUGCUCGGUGACUUCAUCUACUGGACGGACUGGCAGCGUCGCAGCAUCGAGCGCGUCCACAAACGCACGGCGGAGAGAGAGAUCAUCAUCGACCAGCUUCCAGACCUCAUGGGACUCAAGGCCACAUACGUGCACCAGUCGUUCGGUACGAACCCGUGUGCAGAGAACAACGGCGGCUGCAGCCACCUCUGCCUCUACAAGCCCUCGGGCGUUCAGUGCGGCUGUCCCAUUGGACUCGAGCUCAUCGCCGACAUGAGGACCUGCAUUGUCCCUGAGGCCUUCCUACUCUUCUCCCGCCACACUGACAUCCGCCGCAUCUCCCUGGAGACCAACAACAACAACGUGGCCAUCCCGCUCACCGGUGUCAAGGAGGCGUCUGCACUCGACUUCGACGUCACCGACAACCGCAUCUACUGGACGGACAUCACUCUGAAGACCAUCAGUCGGGCCUUCAUGAACGGCAGCGCUCUGGAACACGUGGUGGAGUUCGGUCUGGACUACCCGGAGGGAAUGGCGGUGGACUGGCUGGGGAAGAACCUGUACUGGGCCGACACCGGCACCAAUCGCAUCGAAGUGGCCAAACUGGACGGGCAGCACCGUCAGGUCCUGGUCUGGAAGGAUCUGGACAGCCCUCGAGCUCUGGCUCUGGAUCCCGCUGAAGGCUACAUGUACUGGACCGAGUGGGGCGGGAAGCCAAAGAUCGACCGAGCGGCGAUGGACGGGACGGCUCGGAGCACUCUGGUGGCUGACGUCGGCCGAGCCAACGGGCUCACCAUCGACUAUGCAGAGCGGCGCCUCUACUGGACCGACCUGGACACGACGCUGAUCGAGUCAUCCAACAUGCUCGGUCAGGAGCGUGAGGUGAUCGCCGAUGACCUCCCUCACCCGUUUGGACUCACCCAGUACCAGGACUACAUCUACUGGACGGACUGGAGCCAGCGCAGCAUCGAGCGAGCCAACAAGACCAGCGGCCAGAACCGCACCAUCAUCCAGGGCCACCUGGACUACGUCAUGGACAUCCUGGUGUUCCACUCGUCCCGACAGGGCGGCUGGAACGCCUGCGCCUCCACCAACGGACACUGCUCCCAUCUGUGCCUCGCCGUCCCUGUCAGCAGCUUCGUCUGUGGCUGCCCCGCCCAUUUCUCCCUCAACUAUGACAACAAGACGUGCAGCGCUCCGACGUCGUUCCUGCUCUUCAGUCAGAAAACGGCCAUUAAUCGGAUGGUGAUUGACGAGCAGCAGAGUCCCGACAUCAUCCUGCCGAUUCACAGCCUGAGGAACGUCCGCGCCAUCGACUACGACCCGCUGGACAAACAGCUGUACUGGAUUGACUCGAAGCAGAACGUGAUCCGCCGAGCGCAGGAGGACGGGAACCAGAGUAUGACGGUGGUGGCGAGCUCGCUGGGCGGACUCGGUCAGGGGCUGCAGCUCUACGACCUGAGCAUCGACAUCUACAGCCGCUUCAUCUACUGGACCAGCGAGGUCACCAACGUCAUCAACGUCACCCGCACGGACGGCAGCAGAGUGGGCGUGGUGUUGAGGGGCGAGCACGACAAACCGCGUGCCAUCGUGGUCAACCCGGAGAGAGGGUACAUGUACUUCACCAACCUGCUGGAGCGCUCGCCGAAGAUCGAGCGGGCGGCGCUGGACGGCACCGAGCGAGAGGUGUUGUUCUUCAGCGGUUUGGGGAAACCUGUCGCUCUGGCCAUCGACAACGAGGUGGGGAAGUUGUUCUGGGUCGACUCUGACCUGCGACGAAUCGAGAGCAGCGACCUCUCCGGAGCCAAUCGGAUCGUGAUCGCAGACUCCAACAUCCUGCAGCCGGUCGGGCUGACGGUGUUUGGGAACCAUCUUUACUGGAUCGACAAGCAGCAGCAGAUGAUCGAACGCAUCGACAAGACGACGCGAGAGGGACGGACCAAGAUCCAGGCUCGCAUCGCGUACCUGAGCGACAUCCACGCCGUGCACGAGCUCGACAUGAGGGAGUACAGUAAACAUCCGUGCACGUGGGAUAACGGCGGCUGCUCCCACAUUUGCAUCGUGAAAGGAGACGGGACGACUCGCUGCUCGUGUCCCGUCCACCUGGUGCUGCUGCAGGACGAGCUCUCCUGUGGAGAGCCUCCGACCUGCUCUCCGGAGCAGUUCUCCUGCACGUCCGGCGAGGUCGACUGCAUCCCUCAGGCCUGGAGGUGCGACGGUUACGCCGAGUGUGACGACAAAAGCGACGAGGAGGACUGUCCCGUCUGCUCCGAGUCCGAGUUCCAGUGCGACAGUCGUCAGUGCAUCGACUCGAGUCUGCGCUGCAACGGAGAAUUCAACUGUCAGGACCGAUCGGACGAGAACAAGUGUGAAGGUGUGACAGUUCGUUGUCCUCCGGAUCAGUUCAGCUGCUCGAACGGUCUGUGCAUCGGGAAACACAAGAAGUGUGACAACAACAUGGACUGUACGGACAACUCCGACGAGUUCGGCUGCUAUCCGACUGAAGAGCCGCCUUCUCCUCCCAACACCACCAUCGGCGCCAUCGUGGCUGUGGUCAUGGCGUUGUUCGUGGUCGGCGCCGUGUAUUUCGUGUGUCAGCGCGUCCUCUGUCCGCAGAUGAAGGAUGAUGGCGAGACGGUCACCAACGAUUUUGUGGUUCACGGGCCAUCGUCUGUGCCGCUGGGAUACGUACCGCAUCCGAGCUCGCUGUCCAGCUCCCUGCCAGGUAUGUCCAGAGGGAAGUCUGUGAUUGGCUCCCUCAGCAUCAUGGGCGGGAGCAGCGGGCCGCCGUACGACCGCGCCCACGUCACCGGAGCGUCGUCCAGCAGCUCGUCAAGCACCAAGGGCACCUACUUCCCCCCG